AAAAUCCCACACCGGCCGGCCGCGACCAAAAUCUUGGCGACGAUUCCCAAUAAUAAGCCUCUCCCUCCUUCCUCCACUCCCCCAAAAUCAAAAUCAAAAUCAAAACCAAAACCAAAACCUCCACUCCACCCGUCCGCACGGCCCGCCGAUCCGUUUCUUCCGCGCCGUGCUCCGCUCCGGAUUCCCAUCUCCGCGCGCCGCUGGAGGUGUUCCCGGCGCUGAUGCGGCGGGGCCCUGACCGCUGACGGCGCUGGCCUGCGAUUGCGGAUCGGGUGUCGGUACGGCGGCGGCUGCUGGGUCGGCGGCCGCGCGAGCGCGAGGGCGGGCAUCUAAAAUGAGGCGGCGCUCCGUGCUGCCGUCCCACCACGACGACGCGGACAAGGGCGGCGGGAAGGCGCCGCAGUCGCGCCUCUGCUUCCUCGCCACGCUCUGCGUCAUCUUCUGGGUCCUCAUCUUCUACUUCCACUUCUCCGUCCUCGCCACCGACCCCGACGGCCCGCCCGUCGCCGUCGCCACCCAGGCCCGCAUUGCGCGCCGCCACGACCUCCCGGACCACCGCGUCUCCAACCCCGCACCCUCCGUCGCCUCGGACCCACCCCCUGCCACUGCCACCCUCCCCAAGGACGAGCAGCCCUCGGCCGUCGUCCAGGCCCCCCCGAAGGAGUACCCGUUCCAGCGCGCGCUCAGGACGGCGGAGAACGCGAGCGACCCGUGCGGGGGCCGGUACAUCUACGUGCACGAGCUGCCGCCGCGCUUCAACGACGACAUGCUGCGCGAGUGCCAGCGCCUCAGCCUCUGGACCAACAUGUGCAAGUUCAUGAGCAACGACGGGCUCGGCCCGCCGCUCGACAACCAAGACGGGGUCUUCUCCAACACCGGCUGGCACGCCACCAACCAGUUCGCCGUCGACGUCAUCUUCGGCAACCGCAUGAAGCAGUACCAGUGCCUCACCAACGACUCCUCCCGAGCCGCCGCCGUCUUCGUGCCCUUCUACGCCGGCUUCGACGUCGCCAGGUACCUCUGGGGGUACAACAUCUCCAUGAGGGACGCCGCGUCGCACGAUCUGGUGGACUGGCUGAGGAAGAGGCCCGAGUGGGAUGUCAUGGGUGGGCGCGACCAUUUCCUGGUUGGGGGAAGGAUUGCAUGGGAUUUCAGGCGGUUGACCGACCAAGAGUCUGAUUGGGGCAACAAGCUGCUCUUCAUGCCGGCCGCCAAGAACAUGUCCAUGCUGGUUGUGGAGUCAAGCCCAUGGAGUGCAAAUGACUUUGCGGUGCCGUAUCCGACAUACUUCCACCCUGCCAAAGACGCCGAUGUCUUCGCUUGGCAAGAUAGAAUGAGGAGCCUGGAGAGGCCCUGGUUGUUCUCGUUCGCGGGGGCUCCUCGUCCUGGUGAUCCAAUGUCCAUUCGAGGGAAGCUCAUCGAGCAGUGCAGGACAUCGAAUUUCUGUAAAUUGCUGGAGUGUGACCUUGGAGAGAGCAAGUGCCAUUCGCCAAGCGCAAUCAUGAAGAUGUUCCAGAGCUCUUUGUUCUGCUUGCAGCCCCAGGGCGAUUCCUUCACUAGGAGAUCUGCCUUCGACUCCAUGUUGGCUGGCUGCAUACCCGUUUUCUUCCAUCCUGGUUCAGCGUAUGUCCAGUAUACAUGGCACCUUCCGAAAAACUACACGAGGUACUCUGUCUUCAUUCCAGAAGCUGGCGUUCGUAACGGAAAAUAACAUAUAGGACCCUAG